AUGAUGGGAAAUAUGGACCAGAGGACGACAAACAAAGGUUUUGUGAAUAAGAUCUUCACAAGAAAAAUAGCGUGCAAUCCAAAGGGGGGAAUAGAUAACCCGGCCAUGGAUGUCACCGAUGACACAGACUCUCUGGUACCCUACCCACGCUUGUGUGUUCUCAAACGAGAACUGGAGGAGUCUUACGGCUUCUACCUCAGAAUGGAGCGAGGACAGAACGGCCACAUCAUCAGAAACAUCACACCAGGAGGGAUUGCUGAGCGCAGUGGGCUCAGGGAUGGAGACAGACUUCUGGAAGUCAACUGCUGCUUUGUGGAUGAUGUUUCACACCAAGAAGUUUCCAGACGGAUUUCUUUGAGUGGAAAUCAGAUGUCUUUAUUAGUGUUGAGUGGAGAUGAAUAUGAACAGUUAAAGUCUAAAAAUGAUGACCUUAGACACUUAGCCACAGUCACCAAAAAUGAGGACUACAAUCCCCCAAGACUCUGUCAUAUAAGGAAGAACCCUCCUUCUGGUCUAGGAAUCACUUUUGCUGCUGUGGAAGGCCAAAAGGGACAUUUUUCUGUGAGCCUUGUCACUGGAGGAGCAGCUGAGAAGGCUGGAGUACGCAAAGGAGAUCGGCUAAUCUGGAUGAACGGAGCAAAUGUAGAGGCUCUAUCACACUCUGCCCUAACCAAGAUGUUGAAACAAUGUGGUAGUCAGAUCACUAUUCUAGUGGUGGAUGUUGAGAGUGAGAAGUACUAUAAUUCCCAACGGAUACCCAUCCUCCCAGCAAUGGCGACACCACAUAACCUACCAUUUACAGCCAGAAAACUGCACUUGGUGUCAGGUAAAGACGGCUAUGGCUUUCUUCUGCGCCUGGAAAGGUCCCCAUCAGGCCGCAAUGCUCAUGUUUUGCGUGAAAUGGAUCUCGGAGGUCCAGCUGAAAAAGCAGGGAUGCGAGAUGGAGACUUGCUGUUAGAAGUCAAUGAAGAGUCGGUGGAAUCUCUGAAACAUGAAGAGAUAAUAGACAGAGUUAAACAAAGUGGACAUAGCGUCUUACUUACCACUAUUACACGGCAAGGACUGGACUUUUACACAAAGUUGGGUCUAUCUCCUUUGCUUUUCUGUGAAGAGGCCAUGGUGAAAGAACAUGAUAGUGGGGUGCCAGCCACUUUGAUAAAUGAAGACAAGGAAAGCAAGUCCAGACUUUGCAAUGUUGAAAGAGGAUCUCUUGGUUUUGGAUUUAUUGUCAGUUCUGUUCCACAUGUGUCUGGAACAUUCAUCAGCCAGGUGGUUGAUGGUGGUCCUGGGCAGAGAGGAGGGCUACUUGAUGGGGAUAUGGUGUUGGAUUUAAAUGGAGAGAGUGUGGAGGGGAAAACUCUGGAAGAUGUAAUUAUGAUGAUGGAAAAUAGAAGAUCUGUGUCACUAAGAGUCAUUGGGAAAGGUGACAAAAAACCAGAAGCACCCGAGCCCUGUCCCAUUGAGGAGGAAGAGGAAACAUGUGAAAUUACUUAUUUGUGA